CGCGUCUUCCGUGAGGGGCGUGGACGCGUCCUGCCUCGAGCGCACAGUGCGCGUACAGCAGGCGCAACAGACAGCAGCGCGCGCCUCACACAUCCAAAACAAAAAAAUGGGACUUGAAAAAGAAAAAUCCGAGACCAGUGUCAUUAUGGAUGAGGAUGAAUUCAAUAGAUCGAUCGAACCAAUACUUGGAAAAAAACCGAAAGUGUAUUCAGAAGACCUGGACAGAGAUCCCAAAGAUAUUAACUUGCACUUAAAGAUUGGUUUUGAAGACAUCAUUGCUGAGCCCAUCUCCACGCACAGCUUUGACAGAGUGUGGAUCGGCAGUCAUGCUGUGUUCGAGCUGGUGAAAUAUGUCUUCUACCGGAUUCUCACCACGUUUCUGGCUAUUCCUAUGGCAUUUAUUGCGGGGAUUGUUUUCGGGAUCCUCAGCUGUAUACAUAUUUGGGUGGUGAUGCCAAUGAUCCAGGGCUGCAUGAUGACACUGCCCUCCACCCACGUGAUCUGGACCAGCUUGAUGGACAUGUUUAUAGGGCCUUUCUUCUUCAGCAUUGGGCGGUGCUUGUCCUCCAUCAAUGUCAAGACUAUGCAAAAUUGAUCAAGUCUCGAUCCAAAUCUAACUCCGCAUAGAAGUGUUGCAGAAUCUUUCUGUUAAGUUCUUUUGGCCUCCUUUUUGAGGGUUAUUAGCUGAAGGAUAAAUUAUCCUUGACUUCUGAAGCACAGAGAAGAGAAAGAUCUUUUCUUCAUUUCAAUAGGCAAUUGCAAUAUUCAUUCCGUUAUUCAGCCACUGACAUGUGAACCUCAUAAUGGGCGGCGUCAGUGCUGACAUGCUUUUUCAUUACUGUUAUGUAAGUCUAAUUAAGCUUUUGUGUUAAAAUGCGAGACUUUUCAAAGAUUUUACUGUAAUGAUUGAGAUUUUUUACCUUAAGAAUAAGAUAUUUUGCUACUGCAUGUAAUGUGAUAUUGCAAUAAGCGCAUGAUGUGCUUGUAAGGAAAAAAUUAUGCAACUACUUCCAAUAGGGUUGUAGUGUCGUGCGAUUUAUUUCUGAGUUAAUAUUUAUAAUGUUUGAAGUUGAUCGAUUUUUAUCAACAAGAGUAAAUUAGAUGAUUUGACGCCAUUUCAGCGUACAAACUAUUUAUGAUUUUCAGGUACAUUCCAAUUAUAGAGAGCAUUCUAUACAAAUAUAUAACAUAUUUUUCUUCUGUAUUAAUGACUUCUUUUUGUAAUGAUAAAAUAGUGCCCAUAUGGCGAUUAGUUUGACUUGCAAAGCCACAUUUGACAUGCCGUUUGCCAUUGAUUGUGCUUUGUUAGUGGCUCUACAGAGUAAAUGGAAUAUUUGACUGUGCCAUGGAACAUUAGAGGCUCAGGUGCCGUUUCCUCACCCCUGUUGAAUGAUGUCAUGUAGCAAACAUGCUGAACACAGCUCAGCUUAUGAACUAAAUGCUUCUCAGUUCACAAAUAAAAUUAUUUUUGGAAGUUGAA